AACCCUCCUAAACCCUACACCCCCCGUCGAUUUGAGAGUUUCAGGUUGAAAAUGAGUUCAGUCGCUGCCAAACUUUCCAAGUUCAUCAGAGUCUCUGUUCCUUCCACACAAACCUCCUCACUGGCGGUGGGCGGGCAAAGAAGCUCAAAGUUGUGGUACUCGAGCAGCUCAACCGACAGCGACACUGAUGACUCGAAGAAAGUUGGUCCUGAAGAAGAAAUUGAUGAAUUUCUUGGUGGCCUGAACAAGGUGAAUAUGCAAGCUCAACGUGUUGAUCCCAAGAGGGGUUGGGGAUUUCGCGGUGUGCAUAAGGCAAUCAUCUGUGGAGUAGUUGGACAAUCCCCAGUGCAGAAGAUCUUGAGGAAUGGCCGAACUGUAACCAUCUUCACUGUUGGGACAGGGGGCAUGUUUGACCAGAGAUUAGUAGGAAAGGACUUGCCAAGACCAGCUCAGUGGCACCGCGUUGCUGUGCAUAAUGACGCACUUGGGGCUUAUGCAGUUAAACAAUUUGUUAAGAAUUCGUCAGUUUAUGUGGAGGGUGACAUCGAAACUAGAGUUUACAAUGAUAGCAUCAAUGGUGAAGUUAAGAAUAUUCCAGAGAUCUGCAUUCGCCAAGAUGGGAAGAUCCGUCUUAUAAAGAGUGGAGAAAGCACCAGCAGUAUGUGCUUGGAUGAUCUGCGAGAAGACUUACCAUAAUAUAAGUAUCCAGCCCAGAAACGGGAAAGCAUCUCAAGCUACUUCUGUAGGAAACAUGGGUAUAUUUCCAAGUUGGGCGCAACAUGGCAAAGGAAAAUGCUCCAGUUUUAUUUCCAGUUUGUCGAUAUCAUCCCUUAGUUCAUUACUCCUCAGUUGCUUCACUGUUGCCUUCUUUCCUCACUGGGUGAAGUCAUCUACCAUUCAGUCUCUGUGAGAGAAACAAGUGGUUCUUAAUAUUGAAAUCGAUAUGUAAUGACUAUA